AUGGCUCUGCCGGGCGUAUCACAUUAUGAGCGCAUGCCCACGCGUACCAAGAUCCAGUUCUUCUGGAUCUCCAUGCUGACGAUGGGCUUCGCGUACCAGUUUCUCAAGAUGACGGUGCUGCGCGUACAGCCGAAGCGAGAGGAGCAGAUGUACAUGCACAUCCGGAAGGUGUACGGCGACAACAUACCGGAGGAGCUACUGCAGCGAGCGAAACGCCAGCGCGAAGCGCAGGAUGCGCUGUCGCUCACGAACAUGCUGCGCACUCCCACACCGGGUCAGACGUCGAACGCGCUGCAGAACGAUCUCGACCCUCGCGCCCUCAUCAAGCUUAGGAGCUGGAACGGGCAGUAG